GCAGGCACAAGACGACCGUUGAGAUUGACAGCAGCAACAAACCAAGCAGGCGUUGCUAACUACUCUUAUUAUCCAAGCAUACGAAUUACCGCACAAAGAAAGUUGUUUUCAUGACCAUGAGGAGAAGAAGCAGCAGUAACGCCAGCAGAAAAACCUCAACAAUCAGAAGGCGGAGUGAGAAUGUCCGUUUUGAUGAAUUCGGCUUUGCUCUCAGUAAAAGAAAGGACCAAAAACUUCAUCACCGAAGUCACGAUUACAGCUACCCCCAGCUGAGCUCAGUGAGGGUCAAAGAGCUGUGUGAGCUGCUCAGCUACUGGAAUGGAGCCAGUUUCAUCUGCAAGAGUCAGGUUGAGAGAUUUAUUAGGAUGGGUAUUCCUCCAAGCCUCCGAGGAAGAGUGUGGAAGUGCCUCAUCAACGUGGACAGUCUGAGAGUAACCAGUCAUUUCAACUACCAGACAUGCUUGUCUGAAGUACGAGGGCCCCUUGUGGACUUGGGUGUCAGCGAGUACGGCAUUUUGUCUGCAAUCACCACUCUGAGUGAAACCCAGAAUGAUGUGGGUUUAAAUCAACGUCAUUCCUCAAGCUGCUCGGUGGAUGACAUCACUCUGUUCAGACAGAUUGCUCUGGACCUGCAGCGUUCCUUCCCAACCCACCGGUCUCUGAUGGGAGAGAGUCCAGAAGCCAUCGAGGGUCAGGCUAAACUCUUCAGAGUGCUCAUUGCUUAUGCCAAAUACAACUCGCAGAUUGGCUACAGCCAAGGGAUGUCCUACAUAGCUGCAGUGCUGCUGAUGCAGUUGGGAGAGGAGGAGGCUUUCUGGGCUUUGACGGCCUUGUUGGAUAAAUCCAGAUAUCUGGCUGAACUGUUUGACCUCAGUCUCACCAAGGUCCAACAUCAAGUGAAAGUUUUCGAUCAGUUCCUGAAACACCGGAAGCCUCAGCUCUUUGAGCACAUGGAGUCAGUGGGAGUCUUAUCAGUCCACUUUGUGAUGCCAUGGUUCCUCACGCUCUUCACUUCCCUGCCCUGCUGGGACUCUGUUCUUGCUGUCUGGGAUCUCAUAUUUCUGCAUGGCCUUUCGGCUGUGUUUCGUACAGCUCUGACCAUCAUUGAGCUUCUGGAGCCUCGACUGAUGGGUCUGCAUGAUGAAGGAGCAGUGUUACCCCUCUUAUUAAGAGUACCUGUGGAUGUAGCCCAGUACGCUGUGUUUGUUCCUGCUCUGUGGAAAACUGAGGUCCAAGACUGGGAGCUUAAAUGUAUGAACAGUCUGGUACUGGAUGACAGUCAACAUGGACCUAAAGCAGAACAGUUUGAGAAGCUAAAGGCCACACCAUCCAGUCCUGUCAGAGUGGAAAAAGAAAAUCCAUCAUCUUCAGAAGGAGAAAAGAACACUGAAAAGAACUCAGUCCCAGGGGCCAUGAGUGUAUUGACACGGGUGAUGCGUAUGGCACAGCGGUACAUUUUUGACCCUAUGGGCCGGCAUCAUGUUGAAGAGAAGAGUUCACAUACACUGACGAUGCCCAGACAGCAAAGUCCUGGACAUGUUUUCCAGAGUCGGACUUCAGCGUCAUUAACACAAGCUCAGGUGAGGUCAAAGAGGCGAAGCCAGCAGAAAGGAGGCGCCCACCAACCCGUAGUGCAGAGGACUGUCACUGGGAGGGAAGCUUCUGGCUGUGGGAAAACUGAGAGGUGUGAACAAACCUUUAAGAGAUCAGGUGCAGGACCUUUUCCUAAAGUUAGCCAUCGUCAUAGCAACCACAGCAUCAUUCAUCAUGUCAGAACCAAGUCCCUCCGUCUUCUUCGAAAUGGCAAGGGCCCACCAAACCAGCCACCCUCUUCCUCUGUUCUGCCUCCAUCUCUUCGGUCCUCUACCCUUCCUCCAUCUUCAUCAAUCCCUUCUUCAAGUCCUCAAUCCACUGAUGCUUCUAGAAGUGAAGAGUGUCAAGACACACCUAACACGGCUCUUAUCAGAGAACUGUCAUCCAGACAUCAGACCUGUGUACCAUUCAGGAAUGCCAGAGAGUCGAAGCUGAUCUGAUUUACCUGACCUGGAAUAUGAUGGAGGUGAAUUAUGUUGAGCUGUAAAGCCAGAGUGGGAAAUCUGCAGUUUUUAGUUUUGUACUGUUUUUAUGUGGA